AUGUGCACCCGCCGCAAGGAGGCCAGCUACAACCACUGGCUGACGCCCGCGGCCCUCGUUAGCCCGAGUCUGGACAACGAGGGCCAGGAGCUAUUCGUGACCUUCAGCUCACUGCCCCCAGUGGUGCUCGACGACCGCCUGUUCUCCGACUCGAGCAUGAUCAUCUCUGAACCUGCAGGAGGUGUCACAGCACUCACGGGCUCUGCAGGGGCUACUGUGGCCGCUCUUGGAGACUCUGAGCUCUCUCGGCUCUGCCUGUAUCCCCUGAGUUCCUCGCAACUAACUAACCAGAGCGCGCACGCCGACGACGUCCUCCCGGGCACGCGCGCGCACGCAGCAGCCGGAGGGGACGUCCUCGUGGUGUGGACCGCGAACCCAGAGCGCUUCUGCAAAGUUCUCCUGGGUCUCAGUGACACCGCUGAGAGCCUGCUGCACGCCGUCCAGCUGGGCCUGGAAGUGUUGCCCUCCACGCUGUCCACGAUGGCCAGCAUCUUGAAGGGCUGCGCUUGCCUUGGUGGGUACCCACGGACCACGCCUGGAGCCCUGGAGCUCACGUGGCAGCGCCGUGUUUUUGUGGGUGCAGACGACUAUCAGUCAGGCCAGACCAAGGUCAGGUUUGUGCUCGUGGACUUCCUUAUUGUCUCUGGCCUCAAGACCUUGUCCAUCGUGAGCUACAGCCACCUGGCAACAAUGACGGGCAGAACCGGUCAGCGCCAACACAGUUCCGCUCCAAGGAAGUGUCCACGAGCAGCGCGGUAUACGAGAUGGUGGUGCACGGCCACGCAACGCUCUACUUGCAGGGCGAGGAGCCGGGUCACUGCAUGGUCAUCAAGCACGUGCUACACGUGGGCGACGGCAAGCGUGUCCUGGAUGAGUACACAGCAGAGCGGAUGCUGGGUUGUACCAACAGGCUGGAACUGCACAACACGUUCGAGGACUCUCUCCUGGCCAGCCCCUCAUGCCGGACCUGGAGCCGCUGCCAAACCAUGCCGGCACGUGAUCUUCUGCACAGAUGUCAACCCAGAGCUACAGAGCUUCCAACUGGUGCUGUCGCUGCUCGGCUUGGCUUCCUCUUGCAAGCACAGCUUGGGCGAUGGGGCAGCCCGGUGGCCAACCCACUCUUCCGCCAGCACCAGCUGCAUUGAGAGUACCCUCAGAGUCUGCAUGGGGCUCCCACUACAGAAGCACGCGCUUCUGGAGCGCGAGAUGAAACGCCCUGUCCUCAAGCGAGUUGGGCUUGUGGCCACUGCCUGCCCUGUGCCUUGUAAGAAAGGAGCAGCGCCCACCUCCCCCAGUGGCUUUACUGGUGACACCAAUGGGCACUCGCAAGCUGAGGCACCCCAGAUGCCCACCGCCUAA